AUGUUCGGCCACAACAUUUUGACCCUGGCAUUGCUGGCAUCGCUAGCCCCAGCAGUGACCUUCAUCCAGUCGGAGACCUCAAUUGCCCUCCAAGGGGUGCUGUAUAACGUUGGUGCGAAUGGGACUAACGUGGCGGGUGCUUCCUCUGGCGUUGUGGUGGCAUCACCAUCCAAAUCGAAUCCCAACUAUUACUAUACAUGGACACGAGAUGCGGAUCUGACGCUGGCCAUGGUAGUGGAAAGCUUCAUAGCCGGAGAAACCUCUUUGGAAACCGUGAUUCAACAGUAUAUCGCAGCCCAGGCCACGGUGCAGACGAUAUCGAGCCCAUCAGGCGGUUCAUCUGACGGGGCAGGCCUUGGAGAGCCGAAGUUCAAUGUCAAUUUGACAGCUCUCUUAAAAGGGGACUGGGGACGUCCUCAACGCGACGGUCCUGCUCUGCGUGCCUCGGCUCUCAUUGCAUACGGAAAUUAUUUAGUCAGCGCUGAAAAAGAUCUUCGAUUCUUCCGGGAUCUCUUGUCCUCCGCAGAAAUCGGAAAUGACUCUAGCUCCUUAUCGACAUACUCAUCUAUCGCGAGCGCAUUCAAGGCCUACGCAAAUGGAUUUUACUCAAUUGUGGAGCAAAACACGCCCAACAGUGGAUCCCUGGCAGAGCAGUUCAGUCGGGACACCGGUACCGCACUCUCCGCCCGCGAUCUCACUUGGUCCUAUGCUGCUUUCCUCACUGCAGCAGCUCGCAAGUUGGAACUGUUCCUGCCAGUUGGGGGGCCUCCAAAGCCAACCAAGUGCCAUCCCAGUGCCAAGGCAGCUCUGUUUCUAAGGCUUACACAGCUGCGACGCUUUCAGCGUGGUGAUUGA